AUGGCCCUAGAGGGGGUGCUGGGUUUCGAUGAAGAGCUAAUACCAUUCCAAUCUACUAAACCAAAAGAUCCAUCAGAGCUUGCGCGACUGCCAGAUAAACAUAAUGCUGAUGUCGAUGAAUUGCUCGGUGCAAAGGUCAUCAGAUGGAGCUUCCCAAUUAAGGAAGUCAGACUUUCGGGCAAAGCACCCAAAGUAUCCAGCAAGUCCUUUGAUCUGGGAGGCCUAAAGUGGUCGUUCGGAGCCCACUUUCCUGGUGAAAACGACAAGAAUGUCAACAUAAUGCUCAAAUUGGACCAGGAGAAAGUUCCUGAUUCCAAGUAUCGAGCUUCAAGUGCUGUUGGUUUUCGAGAUCCUAAUUGCCAUGAUCGAUUCUUGAGAAACACAAAGACCAAGAAUCAAUGCCUCAGUCAAGGACGAAUGGGUCUCUUGCACAACCCAGCUUGCAAAUACAGACUGGACGAAGGUGUCUCCCUCCCUCAAAACGAUGCAGACUUUAUCCAAAGUGAUGUAGUAGACGUCAUCUUUGCUAUUCGCGUAUACCAGAGUCGCAGCAAUGUCCCGCUAUUCGAUGAUUUGAAAGCAGCCGCCAAAGCCCCGUCCGUAAAAGCAAUGCAACCAUCAUCAGCAAAUAUCUCAACAUACAAUAAUGUUACAAAGACAAUCACUACUCCUCAAGGUACAUUUUACAAACAGAACGAGAACAGUGUCAUGGGUCCUCCAGCACCACCUCAGCAACAAGUGACAAAGGCUAGACCACCGAAUAUUCGAAACGAUACUAGCAAUAAUAGUAAUAAUAACAGUAAUGCUGGUAAAACGUCGACAAUCUCAAACAACAGCAAAACACAUUACCCACCAAACAACAAGUAUAUCAAUAACAAGAAUGACAAUCACAACAACAAUAAUAAUAAUGGUAGUAAUAACAAUAGUCCAAUGCAUCACAAUCAUCAAAAUGGUGGUUCUGCUGCUGGUCUCAAUAACAGGAAGACAUUGAAUUUUCCACCAACUGUAUCUCCACAGACUCAAAGUCGAUCAGAGUCUCCAAGGACGUAUACUCCGUUGAAGAGGAAACCAUAUGUCGGACUAGCAAACCAAGGCGCGACCUGCUAUAUGAACAGUAUCCUCCAAUCUUUGUUUUUUGUGAUUCCAUUCAGGAGGGCUAUUGGAAGCAUUGCCAAACAAGACAUACCAGAUCCAGAUCGUCAUGUGCAAGCCAUCAAGGCGUUGUCUCGAGUCUUUGACAGUCUUGAAAAGGCUGACGAUGCUGUCAGCACAAAGGCAUUAACUAAAUCAUUUGGCUGGGAUUCUGCCUUCACAUUCAAACAACAGGAUCCUCAAGAGUUUACUCGUUGUUUCUUUGAGUUCCUGGAAGAUGGUAUCAAGAAAGCAGGAGCAGAGAACAUAAUAAAUCAGAUGUUUGAAGGCGAGAUGGAGAUGCGAGUGCAAUGUAAAAAUAUUACAUAUGCUUCAAGUCGAGUUGAGACCUUCAAUGAUAUCCAACUGGACGUAGAUGGAUGCCGGGAUCUGGAGGCCUCGUUCCAGGCUUUUACUGCCAGGGAGGAUUUGAUUGGAGAUAAUCAAUAUCGUGCGGAUGAUUUUGGCUUGCAGGAUGCAGUGAAAUUCAUACGCUUCAAAACCCUCCCGCCAGUCCUACAUUUACAACUAAAACGAUUCCAAUACGAUGUCGAAAAGGAUUCCAUGAGAAAAAUCUACCGACGCCACACCUUCCCGGACCGAAUGGAUUUAUCCCAAUUCAACAUCCCCGCUGCCGAAGGUGGUCCCAAAACACCACAGAUAUACAUCCUACAAGGUGUCCUAGUCCAUUCAGGAGGUGUGCACGGAGGCCACUACCGUGCAUACUUACGACCCAGCGUCUUGGACGACUGGUUUGAAUUCGAUGAUGGACUAGUUACACGAAUCCCGGCCAAAAAAGUCUAUGAAUUUGGAUUUGGAGGUGAGGGUAGCAAUAAAAGUGCGUACAUGUUGAUUUAUGUGCGAGAGAGUGACAUGGACGUUAUUUUGGAGGCUGAGAUUGCACAUCAGAAUCCAAAUGGUGGUGUAAAUGGUCGUGGGGGUGUGGUGGACUCUCCAUUGGUUGGCGUAGCUGCUAAUAGUAUUGGUAAUGGGAAGGGUAAAGCAGCAGCUGUCAGUGAUGAUACGAAUGGUAUUGUUGCUAGUGCUAAUGGAUACAACACAAGUUUGACCGCUAUCACCACUACUGCUAGUACAAGUCCAUCACUUAAACGAGGACCAGGUGAAUUAGUUGAAGGAUCUUCUGAUGGAUCAUCUGGAGAUGAUUCAGCAGGUGGAGAUAAUAAAAAUAAUGCCAAACGAGUGAAACUGGAGAGUGCGUUUGUUGAGAGUCAAAAACAAGCAGAUAGUAACAAGCAGGAUGCUAAUGGUGGUGGUAUAAAUGGUAAAGAUGAAUCGAAUUUGACAAGGAGUACGAGGAUUACCGAUAAAUACGAUAAUAAGCAGCGGCCUGUCAAACUGAUUCAGGAUUAUACUGACCAACUUAAACGUGAUAAGGAUGUAAACAUGAUUGAUGUACCUGACAAGACAGUUGGAGACGACUCAGGAGUGAAUGGAGGUGUAGGAGAUAUGAUGGUGGAUGUACAUGCCAAUGAAAUGGCAGGAGCAGAUACAUCUGUAGAAGCAUCAAACAGUAGUGACAUGUUACCGCCUACACCACUUAUAGACAUGUUUGCUGAUAAUGCUAGUGAUAUGGUUGUUGAUUUAGGUGACAAGGAAGGAGGUGAAGAUGUGACUGUGCCGUCUACACCUGAUGGUGAUAUGGUUUGA